AUGAUUAGUAGUACCAGCACCACUGGGACAUUCACGACGAUCCUCAGCACUACCACUACUGGAACACCAACAAUGAUCACCAGCAUUGCAACAUCAGCAACGGUACGCAGCACUAUCACUAAUGCAACAUCGACAAUCAUCAGCACCACGGCUACUAUUGGGACAUCAACGACGAUCUACAUCUCAACUAGCACAGGAGCAUCAACGAUCACCAACACUACCACUACUGCAACAUCAACGAUCACAAGCACUACCAUUACUGCAACACCAACAAUGAUCAGCAAUACUACUACUACUGCAACAUCAACGAUCACCAGCGCUACCACUACUGCAACAUCAACGAUCACAAGCACCACCACUACUGCAACACCAACAAUGAUCAGCAGCACUACUACUAGCGGAAUAUCGACGACGAUCAGCAGCACUACCACUACUGCAACAUGGACAAUGACCACGAGCACUAUCACUGCGAACAUCCCGCGUGAGUAUAUAUAUUGGUGCGAACAGACACUAAAUGUGUAA